AUGACUGCUACUGCUGCUACUGCUGGGUCCCAAGAUAAUGUAUGGAAAGCUCGAGGGGAAGGAGAUGAUGAAAAUGAUGGUAGCGAUGAAUGGAGAUCGUUAAAGCAAGCAACAGAUCUAAUACAUGAUAUGGAUACACUCAACAACAACGAUGAUAAUAAUAAUAAGGAGGAGGAUAUAUUAUCUCAGAGAUUACCUCUAGAUAAGUAUUAA